AUGCGAGCUCCAUUUAUAGUCCCGAGGGGCUUCUCCACUCCCCGCAUGCCCCAGUGCCGACCCCGGAUCUCACAAUGCCCAGUUGUCCGGACUAGCGGAGCAGCUCGAACAAAUGCUACCGCCAGCAAAAACAGCAGCCAGAGUCAAGAUAGCUCCUCGAGCUUCAGUUCCAGUUCCGCGCCCUUCUGGACACCCGCCAAGACUCUUCUCGUCUCCGCAUUUGCUGCGGGGUUGGGCUACGGCUACGCUUCAUAUAGCCAGGCACCACAGGCGCCCAAGAAAGUGCAAUAUGGCUCAAUGAAGGAUUUUGACAAGGCCAUCGCGGAACUGCGCGCCAAAUUCGGCGAAGACACAAUCUCCACCGACGAAGACGAACUCGAGCAGCACGGAUACUCAGAGUGGUCAAGUCUCAACGCAGACCGUCUCCCUGUCGCUGUCGCAUAUCCCACGUCCACAGAACAAGUUUCCGAAAUCGCCAAGGUGUGCCAUAAGUACCGCAUGCCCAUGAUCCCUUACUCCGGCGGCUCAAGUCUGGAAGCCAAUUUCUCCGCCCCAUAUGGUGGUAUGACUAUCGAUUUCGCAUUCAUGAACAGAAUUCUGGAGAUCCACGAGGAUGACAUGGAUGUCGUGGUUCAGCCGUCGAUCGGGUGGAUGGAUCUGAACGAGAAGAUUAAGAGUACCGGCCUGUUUUUCCCCGUGGACCCCGGUCCGUCAGCUAUGAUCGGGGGUAUGGUCGGUACGAAUUGCAGUGGUACGAAUGCUGUUCGGUAUGGAACCAUGAAGGAUUGGGUGAUUAACCUCACGGUUGUCCUGGCCGAUGGUCGCGUAAUCAAGACUCGCAGGCGCCCGCGGAAGACUUCUGCUGGGUAUAAUUUGACUGGAUUGUUUGUUGGAUCAGAGGGAACUUUAGGUAUUGUAACUGAAGCCACCCUGAAAUUGACUGGUAUUCCUGAGGAUACUCGUGUUGGUGUCGUUGCGUUCCCGAGUAUUCGUGAUGCCGCGUCAACUGCCAUGCAGUUGAUUAAGAAGGGUAUUCCUGUACAGUGCAUGGAAAUUAUGGAUGAUAUUCAGAUGGAUGUUAUCAACCGGGCCGGUGGUACUGGGCGGACAUGGGCAGUGUCUCCCCAUUUGUUCUUCAAGUUCUCUGGCACAAAAGCCGGCGUCGCAGAUAGCGUCGACUUGACGACGAAGCUCGCAAAGGACAACAACGCGGAUGCCUUCGAGUUUGCGAAGAGUGAGCAGGAGGCUCAUGACUUGUGGUCUGCCAGAAAGCAGUCUCUGUGGAGUAUGUUGUCUCUGCGCAAGGAAGGCUCCGAGGUUUGGUCAACAGAUGUGGCCGUCCCCAUCUCUCGAUUGCCCGAUAUCAUUGAAAAAUCGAAGGAGGAGUUGGAGAAUCUCGGAAUAUUCGCCAGCAUACUCGGACACAUUGGCGAUGGGAACUUCCACGCAAGCAUCAUGUACGACCGCACGAAUCCUGAAGAGCGUGAGCGAGUCGAGAAGGUGGUCUAUGACAUGGUGGACCGCGCUCUUGAAAUGGACGGCUCCUGCACAGGUGAGCACGGUGUCGGCCUGGGUAAGAAGGGUUCGCUGAAGAAAGAGCUGGGUCCGGAAACCAUCGACGUCAUGCGCAGUGUCAAGCGAUCUCUUGAUCCUCACUGGCUAUUGAACCCUGGCAAGAUCUUUGAUUUCGAAAAGGAUUCUUGA